GUUUGUGAACUUUUUAUUGCCUAUUUGUUUUACAUGGAGAUGCCAAAUAGCAAAUUAAGUAAAACUGCUUUUUUUUUUUGGUGGAGGGAUUCUAAUUAUAGCAUUCUUUGUGGGAUUUGUAAUGCAACCAUUCUUUUGUUUCCCCUUGUCUGUGCUCUCCCCCACUCCGGACCGGAGAGGGCAGCCAAUUCGAAGCCAUCCAAUUCUCUUAAUUAUCGAUUCCUCAAAACAAACCCAAAAGCAAUAUAGAAGAAGCUAAGGUGGGAAUUAGAAAGAAAAAAAAAAAAAAAAAGAAGAAGACGCAAGGUAAGGAAUCAUUGGAGGAGAAGAAGAAGCGUUGCGUUAAGAACAAUGUCGAGGUCGGCGUUGGCAACCCGGUCAAUCUUGAUUCCACUAACGAUCUGUCUAUUCAUCGUUGCUGCUGCCUCAGGCGGCCCGAGCCUUGAAGAUUUGAUUGUCCCGCUUCCUCCGCCACCGCCACCUCGUGACCAAUCCUCUGCCGGAGCAGGAUCGACGGACCCAAACCACAUGAAAUACACAGGGAAAUCGUUGGCCUCACAAUUCUUGUACGCCCACAACAAAGUCCGGGCCAAGUACUACCUCCCGGCCCUGAAAUGGAACCGGACACUGGCACGUUUCGCCAGGCACUACGCAAAUACCCGGCAGAAAGACUGCCUGUUAGAGCACUCCAGCAACAGGGUGUACGGCGAGAACCUUUUCUGGAGCAAGUACGGUCACUGGACCCCGGCAAACGUGGUGAAGACGUGGGCCGACGAGAGCAAGUACUAUGAUUUCCAGAAUAAUCAGUGCCUUGACAACCAGCCGUGUGGCCACUUCACACAGAUCAUUUGGAAGUCCACCACCCGUUUGGGCUGUGGCCGGGUCCAGUGCCUGAAUAACAAGGGCUUUCUCUACGUCUGCGCAUACGAUCCCCCUGGCAAUUACUAUUUUGAAGGCCCACUAGGUGGCCAUUUCAAGAACUCCAUUGUCUAAAACUAAACCUCUCUUUUCUUCCAUUCGGAUUUGUGCAUCGCCAAGAAAGAAUGAAAGAAUUAAAGAAACAAGUUUUGGAGAUGCUAAUUUAUUUUCUGGGCAAUUAAUUUGUUGAGCAUGCCAAUUGCCAAACUAAUUUAAUUUUAUGGGUCGGGGUUGUUAUGGAUCGAGUUGGAUGAUUAUGAGCAGCUUUGAUCUUCCAUUGACCACUACAUUCAUGAAUAUUCUAUAUUCAUGUACCACCACAUAUACUUAUUGUACAUUCGUAUAAAUUUAUUGACUAUGUUGACAAACCAACAUUCUUAAACGUUUCCAUUUUUUUUUAUUUCCUUCAUAUGUUUUCUUUUUAAUUUGUUUGCGCCAUGUAGAGUGCAUCCCUUUCUAUGGUUGUUCUUUCAAUAAAACCAAUGGAUGCUGACCCAGUCGUUGCGUUUAGAGGUGGCAAUUGGAUCGGAUUCGUGGAUUCACGGAUUGGAUUGGUGGAUCCAUGGAUCAAAUGGAUUGGAUCCAAUGGAUUGGUGGAUUGAUCCAUGAAUCCAAAAUGACAUCCAAGGCUUGGACCAAAAUGUAAAUUUUGAAAAGUUUAGGUACUAAAAUGUCAUAAUGAAAAAUUUUAGGUACCAAAAUGUAAUUUUCUAAUGAUAUUUUUCGUAUAAAAAUAUAAAUUUUAG